UCAGUUGCAACAUCGAGACUGGAAUUCUCUUGCGGCCGGAAACCCCUCAAACCUUAUCUGAACACCGUGACAACAUAUUAACUGCGCUGUAGCCGACACAUGUAUUUUCUUUAGUAAGAAACAAUAGCUUCAACGAUGAAUCCGGACAAAGCUAGCACGUUCCCCUCCACCCUCCCGGAGUCCCCGGGUCAAACGCCUCCUGGUACCGCUUUACUGUUGGUUCUGGUCGACUGCAGGAAAGCACCGGGACAGAGUGGAACUGAGAGAGGAGGAGGAGAAGAGAAGGAAGAUGGAGAUUUGAUUUCAUUAAGGUACAGCCCAAACAGUUGCUCUCUCAGUGGGAGGGGCUUAUCAUCUGGGGAGUCUAAACAACAAUGUGAUGCUGACAAGACGUCUCUCCAGAAGAGUCUCUCCAGAUCAGAACGUCUCAAUAGCUGUGAUCAGUGUGGGAAGAGCUUCAAACAAUCACGACACCUGACUACACACCAACGAAUGCACACAGGAGAGAAGCCUUAUAGCUGUGAUCAGUGUGGGAAGAGCUUCAAACAAUCACGACACCUGACUACACACCAACGCAUACACACAGGAGAGAAGCCUUAUAGCUGUGAUCAGUGUGGGAAGAGCUUCAAACAAUCACGACACCUGACUAUACACCAACGCAUACACACAGGAGAGAAGCCUUAUAGCUGUGAUCAGUGUGGGAAGAGAUUUGCUGUAUCAGGAGACCUGACUACACACCAGCGCAUACACACUGGAGAGAAGCCUUAUAGCUGUGAUCAGUGUGGGAAGAGCUUCAAACAAUCACGACACCUGACUAUACACCAACGAAUGCACACAGGAGAGAAGCCUUAUAGCUGUGAUCAGUGUGGGAAGAGCUUCAAACAAUUACGACACCUGACUACACACCAACGAAUGCACACAGGAGAGAAGCCUUAUAGCUGUGAUCAGUGUGGGAAGAGAUUUGCUGUAUCAGGAAUCCUGACUACACACCAACGAAUACACACUGGAGAGAAGCCUUAUAGCUGUGAUCAGUGUGGGAAGAGCUUCAAACAAUCACGACACCUGACUAUACACCAACGCAUACACACAGGAGAGAAGCCUUAUAGCUGUGAUCAGUGUGGGAAGAGAUUUGCUGUAUCAGGAGACCUGACUACACACCAGCGCAUACACACUGGAGAGAAGCCUUAUAGCUGUGAUCAGUGUGGGAAGAGCUUCAAUCAGUCAGGAGCCCUGACUAUACACCAACGCAUACACACAGGAGAGAAGCUUUAUAGGUGUGAUCAGUGUGGGAAGAGUUUCAGGACGUCAGGACACCUGACUACACACCAACGCAUACACACAGGAGAGAAGCCUUACCACUGUGAUCAGUGUGGGAAGAGCUUCAAUCAAUCAGGGACCCUGACUACACACCAACGCAUACACACAGGAGAGAAGCCUUACCACUGUGAUCAGUGUGGGAAGAGCUUAAGGAAUUCAGGACACCUGACUAUACACCAACGUAUGCACACAGGAGAGAAGCCAUAUAGCUGUGAUCAGUGUGGGAAGAGUUUUGCUCGAGAUUUCAACCUGACUAAACACCAGUUCACACACACUGGAGAGAAACCUUACUCUUGUCUAUGUGGAAAGAGCUUUGCUCAUUCAGAGUCACUGAAAAAACACCAGAAAGCCCUUUCCUCUCUGGCACCGGUUCCAGAUCCCUAAAUAAAGUUUCAAUAGAAAACAUAUUGUAAUGAGUCUUCCAUCUCCCAUUCUCUAACAGUUUACUAAGUCUGAUUACCAUGGUAACCUGUGUAGCAUAAUAUGCAGCUCUGGAUCCAUAUGUAUCAAGCGUCUUGGAGUAGGAGUGUUGUGUGUGUGGUGGGGUGGAGAUGUUCAGAGCUAUAUCUUAUUUAACUCCUAUUAUCCAGUAAAUAACUGUAUAAUGUUUCAACAAUACUAGGUGUGUAUUGUUUAAGUUCUGAACAAACAGAGUAAAACUCAGACAACUAAUUAAAGCUCAAACCAACUUUAUUCACCCACUGGGUCAUACAGCUGCAAAGACAAAGACGUGAUUAUAGAAGCACAUAGUUUUAUACCUUCCUACUAGGUGAGGUGUCAAUUUAUUACACAUCUAGACAGCCAAUAAAACUCUGUUGCUAGGCAGGAACUGAAUUGGUUCCUCACUGGUGUAGUCAUGGCCCUGCCUGAUGCUCGAACCUUCGUGGGCGUGGAAGUAUAUGUGUGUGAAAUAGGACUGUUUCUUUUCACUUCAUCUGGCCUGACCUCGGGACGGAUUCCUCGUUCGUCCCUAAUCCACGGCUGUUUUACUUUAUCAGUGACUGAGACCAGACUGUUGCCCUUUGCCUCCCUCCUUAGGAGCUGUGAUAUUUAACAAUAACAUGUUUUGACAGAGUGUAAACUUUCUGCACUCCCCCUUGUCUCACUCAGUAACUUUCCAUACACUUAGUUCUUAUCCACCCACCAUUGACCCCAACAUAUACAUUCCUUCUACAUGCAAAGUAAUCAAUAAGUUCCAGUCUGGUAACAUGAAUAGAUAGAUUUCAAGCUAGAAUCCAACAGUAUUCAUGUAUUCAAUAGAUCAAUAAAUUAAAUCCAUUAUCUGCAAAACAAUGUCUACUUAUCACAUGAAUUAUAUGUUUUUAAAAUCUAUAAUAAUAAUAAUUUUACAAGGAGCAUAGACCUCUUGUAUAAUUUGUUUGCUCCUAAAAGAUUGUUGUGGAAAUUCACCAGUAAGGACUCAAACUCAAUGUAAAUGAAUCAAUCUUUAUUAUCAGGACCGGAGAGGUUCACAAACUCAACCCAAGCUUGAUGAAAACUCUGACAAGGGCGUUCCCUCUCAGUCCUUAUAUACUGCUGCACAAACAAGUCAUAUAAGCAUGAUUUACAUCAUUCAUUAUUAACAUUGAUUCCUGCAUGUGACUUCCGUCUGGAGUGCCAGAGUGCGCUCUGGGCAUUCAUACAUUCAAAUCCU